AAAACUCGCUAGUUGAAGGUUGAAGCAGUAAGAAAUUUAUCAAUGUCAUUUAUUUUAUCAGUAUUAUUUUUAUUAAUUGGCGCAAAAAGUUUUUCUGUAAAAUGAAUUCACAUUAUACAGGGUGUUCGAUAUUACUAACCAACGUUCUUCUUAUGGCGCCCGCAGCGAUUUAUAUCAUUUUGUAACGAACUCGUACAUCUCAUGAAGAUCCUAGAUAUAUGUUUUGUAAGUAGCGGGAGAACGGUUUGCAAAAAUUUAAGAAUGAAGUUUUAUGAAUUUUAUGUAGUGUAUUUUAUAUAUGAAUGUAUUAUUGUAUUAAUUAUUGAAUAAUGGAAAGUUCGAGUACUUUACCCGGUGCCAGUCGAGUAACAUUGCAAACACCGUAUAGGACACCUAGAUUAAAAUUUAGUUUAGAACAACAGUUGCUAACCUCAAAUGAAGAAAGUGACACGAAAACAUUAAAAGAAAUAAUAUCUUUAACUUGGAAUAUUUAUGGAGUAUCAGCAUUAUUUGGAUUUCAAUAUAAUGAUAAAACUAUUCUUAAGUUAUAUGGAAAACGAUUGAGGGAAGAAAUAGCAACUAAUUUGUCACAAGAGAAUGUUGCAUAUGAUGCACAUUUGUCUAUUAUAGAAAAUACAAUAUCAGAUACUAUGCGUCUACCUCUGCUGAAGGUUGAAGUUUAUGCAAAAAAACUUGAUCAAGAGAAUAAUGUAGAAAAGUGUAUUUAUAUAGGAUUUUUUCUAUCAUUGAAAACAAAUAAUGAUUUAAAAGCAGGCAAUUCUGUCAAAUUGCCUUUGUUAUUGUGCCGUGGUACUCGUACCUGUAUGAAUGUUGUACAUUCCACAUUUAAUCGUAUGUUUGACUGUCUUAUUAUUGCAUUACCUAUCGAACAAGACGAUUUGAUGUGGCUACUUCCAAUUAUAAUUUUACCUACUAGCGAAGAAAAAUAUCCCAACGAUACUGAGGAAGUUCGAUUGGAAUAUCUAGUCCCUGGAUUAUCUACUACGAACACAAUUACUGCUAAAUUUAGUACCUUAGAUCUGAUCAAAAUUUUAAAUGCAAUAAUGGAAAGUCAAAAUAAUGAAACGCAGAUAGUGAUGAACCUGACUAUUGAACACAUACAAAGGUUUCGCGAGUGUCUACAGGUUCAAAUGAAAAAAAUUGCUGGAUUAGAAUUAGGACUAUGCACUUUACACAGAAUCAGUUUACCUAGAGGAACUUUAAUGGACAACAAGAUGAAGAUAAUGGAUCCAGAAAUUAUGAAGCGUGUUUUAUUAUACAUGACAGAAAAAUCUUUAGACAUGUUACAUGCAUUAUUUUUAUAAUUAGCCAUAAUAUAUUUAAAAUAUUUUUAUUUCUUUUUAUUAGUUUAAUUAUAUAUUUAUUACAUAGAUAAUAAAUUUGUUAUGGAUGAAAUAUAAUUUAGUUAUAUUAAA